AAUCCCUUUUAAUUUCUCCUUUUCCCUUUUCUCUCAACACAUCAAAACGCCCUAAACCCUCCCCGUUCAUAUAUGGCUUCUCAACUUCUGAUCUUUUCAGCUCUCUUUCUCCUUAUUUCUCUUUCCAUAUGUUUUGCCUCCGAUCCUAGUCCCCUCCAAGAUUUCUGUGUCGCAGAUCCAAAUAGUCCUGUAAAAGUGAACGGUUUAGUUUGCAAGAACCCCAACUUGGUGGAAGCUAAUGACUUCUUCUUCAGUGGGUUGCAUGUGGCCAAAGACACCAACACCCCCACCGGCUCCCAAGUAACCCCGGUGAAUGUGGUCCAAAUCCCAGGUCUCAACACUCUUGGCAUCUCUUUGGUUCGCAUCGACUAUGCCCCAUGGGGCAUCAAUGCUCCCCACACCCACCCACGCGCCACCGAGAUCUUGACUGUCCUUGAAGGCAAGCUCUUGGUAGGCUUCAUCACUUCCAACCCUGAGAACCGCUUGAUCACCAAGACAUUGCGCAAAGGUGAUGUCUUUGUUUUUCCCGUGGGCUUGAUUCACUUCCAACAGAAUAUUGGGCAUCACCGUGCAGUCGCCAUUGCAGCAUUGAGCAGCCAAAACCCAGGUGUUAUUACCAUUGCUAAUGCAGUUUUUGGAUCAAAGCCGGACAUCCCCACGGAUAUCCUUGCAAAGGCUUUCCAAACCGAUCCUGCUACAAUAACCAAGAUUCAAGCCAAGUUCUAGACUUGUAGUUAGGGUUUUAAUGGGUUUAAUUUUGUACUCUUGAUCUUCAUAUAUGUUGUGUUACGUUAUUAUUAUUUAUUUGCGUGCAUUCAGUUGAUGUCAUGUACUCCAAAUUGUACUGGAAUAACUAUCCAAAUUUGUGUAUUGUACCGCCUGUUGAUCAUUCACACCUUAUACCAAAUUAGGAUAUGUAUAAUAUCAUUCAUUUAAUAAUAGUAUACUGACAUAUUAUUUUAUAUUUAUGUCCAACCUUUAUGCA